AUGUCGUUCUCGGACGAGUCUCACCCCAAGGCUAGGGACAUGCCGUCCAGCCCCAAGGUUGCCGAAGAUAGUGUGCCCCAUUCGGCCGUGGAACAGCCUCGUCGACGCAGUUCUAUCGUGGAGGCAGAGAAGUCGCCUGGUGUGGUGAGGAUCGAGGCCAUCAAUGAAGUCCUCACCCGGACCGAUCGUGUAUUCCUCUUCAUUGGCGUCUUUCUCAUUGCCUACGCCUAUGGACUGGAUGGCAUUACUCGGUAUACAUACCAGACCACUGCCACAGCAUCCAUGGGCCAUCAUUCCCUGCUGGCCACAAUCAACACGCUCCGUGCCGUCAUCGCCGCCGCUGCCCAGCCGACCGCUGCCAAAAUUGCCGAUGUCUUUGGCCGUCUGGAGCUCGUCUUCGUCAGCGUGGUCUUCUACGUCCUGGGAUCUAUCAUUGAAGCCUGUGCGACCAACGUCGACGCUUUCGCCGGAGGCUCUGUUCUCUAUCAGAUCGGCUACACUUGCGUCAUCUUGUUGGUGGAGGUGAUUAUUGCCGACAUCACCUCCCUGCGAGCACGAUUGUUCUUCAGCUACAUUCCCGCACUGCCAUUCGUCAUCAACACCUGGGUGAGCGGCAACAUCACUCAAUCGGUGCUGGGUGCGACCACGUGGAAAUGGGGCAUUGGCAUGUGGUGCAUCAUCUAUCCCGUGUGUGCGCUGCCGCUCAUGAUCUCUCUCUACUUGGUUAGUCGGCGUGCUCGCAAAGCAGGAGUAUUGGAAAAAUACAAAACACCCUACCAGAUGCUGGGCGCGAGGAGACUGGUGGUGGACCUCUUUUGGACACUCGACGUCAUCGGGAUCAUCUUAUUGAUCGCCGUCUUCGCUCUCAUUCUUGUUCCUUUGACCAUUGCGGGAGGCUCGACGUCUGCAUGGGGGACCGCCCGUGUCAUUGCGCCUCUUGUCAUUGGAAUUCUCUGUGUCCCGGCUUUUAUCGUAUGGGAACUCAGAGCACCUCGACCACUUGUGCCCUUCCACCUCCUGAAAGAUCGCGGCGUCUGGGGUGCGCUAGGGAUUGCAUGCACCUUGAAUUUUGCCUGGUACAUGCAAGCCGACUAUCUCUACACCGUCCUGGUCGUCGCCUUUGAUUUCAGCAUCAUGGGUGCUACGCGUAUCACCUCCUUGUACAGCUUUACCUCUGUCAUCGCCGGCUUCCUCCUGGGUAUGGUGGUCUACAAGGUCAGACGCCUGAAGUGGUUCAUCGUGGCUGGAACUUGUCUGUUCAUGGUUGCGUUUGGGCUUCUGAUUCACUACCGCGGGUCUGCCAACUCCUCCGGCCAGUCGGGUGUCAUUGGUGCACAGGUCCUCUUGGGAUUUGCCGGAGGUUUGUUCCCAUACCCAGCCCAGGCCUCGAUCCAAGCCGCAACCAAACACGAACAUGUUGCCGUCAUCACUGGCCUGUAUCUGGCCACCUAUAACAUCGGGUCCGCUUUUGGAGGUGCGAUCUCGGGCACAAUCUGGACCAACGUGUUGCCAGGGGCGCUCGAAGAGAGAUUGGCACCACUUGGCAACUCGACUUUGGCCGCUUUGACGUACGCUGACCCCUUCUCGAUUGAAAUCGAAUACCCCAUCGGCACACCGGUGCGGACAGCCAUCAUCGACGCAUAUCAGCACGCACAGAGGUUGCUCUGUAUCACGGGUAUCUGCCUCUGCACGCUUCUGAUCGGGUUUGCCCUCUGUCUCCGCGAUCCUAAACUGGGCGACGAACAGAGUUUGCCCGACGCGGAAGAGAAGGAUGUGGUUCGUUGA